AUGAAGCUCACAAAAUACAGUACAGUUGCGUUAAGUAUCCUGUUUAGUAUAAAUCGUGUUGCAUACUCGCAUGAAGAAGCUUUGAACGAUUUGACAGACUCUUCCGAUGACAUGGAAUUGGAGCCGCUGCGUAGAAACGUAAACGACAAAUCCGAGCACGGUCUGCCAAUAGACUUGUCCCCGUCGAGUCUCAAUGUCAAAGUUCCGAGAUCGAAGAAAUUCACGACGGAGAGCGCAACCACAACGACCGUGAGGGCGGCGACCAUUUCGGGGCCUCCCCUCAGCAGGCGCUACCGGCGCAUCUACAACCCCGACGAGUCCGCCAACGUCUCACAGUUCCCCUUCAUGGCGGCGCUGCUGAUGAACGGCCAGCUGUGGUGCGGUGGCGCCAUCAUCGUCAGCGACGCGAUCCUCACGGCCGCCCACUGCUUGCAACUGAUGCUGACGGUCCGCGUGGGCUCAAGCAACGCGACUUCCGGCGGCGAACUGUACAGGGUCACUGACCUCUUCUUCCACCCCAACUACAAGCCGAACACCCUUGAAUUCAACUUCGCGGUGGUCAAGCUGCACAAGAACAUAUCUAUGGGGCACGAUUUGGACGCCGACGUGAUACAGUACUCGCGGGAGAGGGUCGUCCCCACCGACACGCAAAUCGCCUUCCUCGGAUGGGGUUCCGUAUUGGGUAGUGGCGAUAUCGGGGACCAAACUCUGCUCCAGAGAGUGACUCUACCAGUGUACGACUUGACAGAUUGCCAAGAAAUCUAUGGACGGGAUAUAGUAACGAGAGGCAAUUUCUGCGCUGGAUAUAUCACUUUACCGAAGAAUGUUUGUAAUCACGAUGCGGGGGGUCCGGCGAUACUGGACGGCAAGCUGGUCGGUAUACUGUCCUUCUCGUCGAAGAGGUGCGACCAGCCGGACCAGCCAGCGGUCUUCUCUACGGUGGGCGUAGUCGCAGACUGGCUCGGAAACUUGGGGGAGAAGCGGAUGCGGUUACGCACCACAGACAUCAAGUCCCCGGUUGGAAUU